UAAAAAGUUUUUAUGAAUAUAAAGUAGUGAGGUAGUUUUCUAGAGCUCACAUCUGACUAAAUCCUAGACCGAAUUCUCGCAUGGCAUCCCCGCGCGCCGGAUCGAUAGCUCGGGACCUGUCGCUUGGAAGCUGGACAUUCGUUAUCGGGAAGAGGAAUCUUCAGUGACAGUCUUUUCGGGAGAAAAGGUAAAUCGCAGUAAAGUCUUCAGCUUAGAGAGUUGACUGCAGCUCGCACCAUGUGUCCGCACAAGGUCGAAGUGGUGAAGGACAAGUUCGACUUGCGGAGCUGGCAGCUGGUGGCGCAGCGCCAGGACCUCAUCGAGCGCUGCUUGACGUCGCUGGGUCACUCGUGCCGCUGCGUGGACGCCUACUGCCGCCAGCCGUCAUGCCCCAAGAUGAAGCGAGUGGUCAUCCACACCACCAUUUGCCGGCGCAAGAACAAGGGCACUUGCCCGGUGUGCAAGCAGCUCAUUGCUCUGUGCUGCCAUCAUGCCAGGAACUGCCGGGAGAACCGUUGCCCGGUGCCCUUCUGCACCGCGGUGAAGAACAGGCUGCGUACGAACACCAUUCUGCGCGCCCGUGCCGCUGUCCGCCAGGUGCUUCCCGCUGAUGAGGAGAUUGAUGAAAUAGAAGUGAACAUCCAGAGCGGCGUGUCUGGCUGGCGCGUGGUGCGCGUAGUAUCGAGCCCUAGCCGCCUGGAAGCUCAAGAGGGCGGGGCGCAAGCCGCCGUGCGCCAGCUCAACGGCGCCGAAGCCAUGGAGGAGGACCUGGCCGACAACAACAACGUCGGUGACAAUCCCAUGGACGCCAUGGCAAACAAAGCCCCCGUCGACGACGACUCGGAGUCAACCAUGUCCGAGUAAACAUGCACCCCCUCCCUCUCGCAUGUCCCCCCCAACCCCUCCGUCUAUCCCCUGUUAUCGAUGUUGUAGGCGACCCCGCCGAUCGGUGUUUAAUUGAUGUUCAUGUUUAGAAACUAGAAUGUGUACGAAUUUAUGUCUAAAUGUUUAUCUGUUGACGAAUAUUGCCAAAGUUUAAAUUUACCUCAAAAAAUGUUUCGGAAUAUGUGUUAUAUGUAUCCGCAAUCGAAUUACACCUUUUGGAUUUUAUUGUACCUACUCUAUAAUAAAAAUUAUCUAUCUUA